CUAAACCUUUCUUUGUUUAUGGUAAACACCUUUAGAACCGACGAAGUGUAAAUACGAAAUUGUGUAAUACCAACUCUCAUGUGCUUGUGAUUUGAGAUGAAAUAAUCAAAUGGGUCAUCAGAAUUCAAACUCAGAUAGAGAUAAAAGAAAGGGCGUGGACAAAAAGAAGAUAAAGUGUAAGCCAAAACUCAGGAGAACUUUUCCUUUUAGACUCCAUUAGAUUUUGUCUCUUACCUGUAUUACCUGUAUAUUGGAAGAUACAUUUUGAGAAGAAGCCAAAAAUUAGAUCUGUUUUCUUUUCAAGAAGGAAGAGACACUGAGACACUAUGCUUCUAAGAGAGUCCAUAGAGAAAACAAAAAACUUCUUGCAGAAAUCUCUUUUAAAUCUUAAGUUAGUUGUGUUUGGUAGAUACCAAAAGCUACCAAAACCUCCUCUCUUGAACCUCUUCUCUUGCAGUAUUUGCAGGGCUGAAAAUGAGCAAAAAGAUGAGAACUUCACAGACUUCUACACUGAAUGGGAGUCUGACCCAGAUGAGGCCAAGAAGAGAAACAAUAACAGUGUGAUAGAAUCGGAAGAGGCGGCAAAUGAAGAAGAUGAAUGCAGUGCAAGGUUUAUGAGUUUUGCAAAGCAGAAUGCAUUGAAGAACAAACAAGAAGUGGAUAGAAAAGAAGAGAAGAAAAAGGGAAGUUUCCAUAAAGAUAAAAGAGAAGAUCAGUGUUGUCAUCACAUGAAUGCAGACAGCUAUGCAUUAGCACAAAAGAUGAAGCAAUUGGAUAUGAUGGAUGCUGGUGAUGUAGAGCAUGAGUUGGACAUUGAAGAGGCCCUCCAUUACUAUUCUCGCCUUAGAAGCCCCGCUUAUCUUGACAUUGUUGAUAGGUUUUUCACGGAUAUGUACUCAGAGUUCUCUGUUCCUCAGGCUUCUUCCAGAACCAACAGUUCAAAGCGAAGACUGGGAUCCAUUAGAUUGUAAAAGAAGCAUAUAGAUCUGUUAUACACUCCUAUUUUCUUUAUUUAUGUGUGUGAGUUUGUUUGUGAUUGAAAUUCAGCUUGUAGAAGUCUCCAAUGCCAUUUGCUUGAGCCUGUCUUCCUAACAAUAAACUAUUUGCAAGUUAUAACAUUAGAAAUCCAUCUUUCAGGUCUUUCCUUGUAGCUUCUGUAUUUUUUUUUCACCUGAAUUUGUGACAAAGAAUGAAUGUGUUUAGAAGCAAUAAGAUUGAAUUGAACCAUAA